AUGGCGAAAAAGAAACCCACUAGAUCGGCCAAAGAGCCAAAGCAAAUACCCAAUAACCAGGAGGAAACUAGCGAUUCAGAGCAACCCAGGUCUGCCAUGGAUGAUGACUCGAAGUUGCAGAGCUUGAAAUCGUUGAACGAACGGCUUCUUAAGGAGAUGGUCGAGAAGAGAGUGGUGGUCGGCGAUCUUGUUCAGACUAAAGAAGCGUUGGAACUCGACUUGAAGCGGAAUGUGAACGAGAAAGAACAGGUAAUGGGUGAGUUGAGUGAGGCUCGUGAUGGGGUUUAUGGGUUGGAAUUAGAGAGGAAUGUUGUUUGUGUUUAUCUGCAGAGUCGAAUAGAAGAAAUGAGUGGUGGGAUUUUUGGGUUACUUGAGAGUGAGAGAGUUAAGGGUUUAGAGAUUAGGAAUCUAAAGGCUGAGAUUAAUGGUCUUGUUUUGGAGGUUGAGGAAGAGAGGGAGAAAUGGAGGGGAGUGUGUUGUGAGAGGGAUGGGAUUAAGGUUGAGUUUGAUGGGUUGUUGAAGGAAACAGGGGAUUUGAGAGGUAAAGUGGUUGAAAUGGAGAGAAAUGAGAGAAGAACAUUGGAAGAGAUUGAUGAUUUGAAGGGAAAAUGCAAGAAGUUGCUGAGUGAAAAAAAAGAGCGCGAGAUUUUGAAUGGGAAUCUGACGAAAGACAAUGAAUUGAUUAAGAAGUUGUUGGAGGAAUCAGGCAGGGUAAUUGAAGAUUUAGAGAGGAAAGUGGAUGUGAAAAUGAAGGAGAAAGGUGAGAUUGAAAAGGAAAAAAAUGGGCUGAAAAUGGAGGUUGAGAAGUUAGAGAAGGAAGUUGCUCAAUUAAAAGAGAGUACAUUCUGUUUCAAACAGGAAAAGGAAGAGAACGGGAAGAGAAUUUCUGAGCUUCAAAUGAGAAUUGAAGAAGCUUUGGUGAAAGAAAGUGGGAUGCUGAUGGAGUUUGAUGUUCUUGUCAAAGAGUUACAGAAGAAGGAGAAUGCUAUGGAGAUGUUAACUCAACAAAGAGAUUCACUUGAUGUGAAUUUGAAUCUAAUCCAAGAGGAGGCAAAAAGUUUACAACGUACGCUUGAGAUACUCACCCAUGAUAAAGCUGAAAUGGAGGAAGCGAAAACUGAAGCACAGAAUAUUAUUGGGGACUUGCAAAAGGAAUCAAGUAAACUAAAAGAAGCUAUAGCUUCUUUGACCAAGAUGAGUGACGUCGGGAAAGCAAGAAAUGAGGAAUUGAUAAUCCAAAUAGGUCGUCUUCGUGAUGCUUUGGAUGAAGUUUCAUUUGAGAGGGAUGAUGCUAGAAAGAGAUUUGGUGAUGAGAAGGAAAAUGCCGACAAGCUGCGUCUGUCACUCAAGGACAAGGAGAGGAGAAUUGAAGAAGCCGUGAAAGAACUAGAUAAAGCAAAGAUUGCACAAGAAGAGGAUUCACUGAAUGUGAAGAAGGAGAUGGAGAGGCGGAUCGUUGCCUUGAUCGGGGAAAGGGAUUUGAUGGAGAAAAACUUGUUGGCGGCAAAGAUUAGAAUUGAUGAACUAAAAGCAAAGGUAAAUUCAGCAGUUUGUAAUUCAGAGAAAGCAUUGGCAUUGUUGAAGAAAACACGUUUGACUGUUUGUGAUGGUUAUGGGAAGGGAGAAGUGGAAGAAGCUUCUUCUGACGAGCAUAAGAUUGGUGAAGAGAUGCAGCCAUUUGUUGAACAUUUGGAUGCAAUAAAAACAUCCUUCACAAACAAGGAGAAAGCAGUGGAAGAAAUGACACGAGUUCUCGAAACCGAACGAGUCGAACAACAGAAGAAGAAGAGCUUCUUCACCAUAGUGACUGCAGCAACAACAAUAUUGGCUGCUGUUUCUGCUCUUUAUGUUAGCAAAGGGCGCUGA